AUGGUUCCGGUUCUGGUUCCAUCGAACAGAGCCGAGGAGAAAUUUAACACUGCUCUGUGUCGCACUCGAGUGACAAUAGAACAGGCUUUCGGAAUCUUAAAAAGAAGGUUUCCUUGUCUACAGAUAGGAUUACGACUUCAGCCUGAACAAGCAUGUAAAAUUGUUGUUGCCUGUGUUGUACUUCACAAUCUCGGCAUUGAGCGACAAGACAUCGUUGAUAUGCCCCCUGUGACUGGACAAAUAGUUGAUGAAGCUGUCUUGCCGACUGAUAGAGGACGCAAUGAGAGAAAGGCAGUUCGAAACCACAUAGCCCGUACAUUUUUUGGAAAUUAAGCGGAAAAUAAAAAGAAACGUUAAAAUCAACCCUUUCUGACUUUUUGCUGCGCAGGA